AUGAUUCCUCUCUUCCUUCUCGCGUGUCGAAACAACCCUUUGAUCCCUCUUUUACAAAUCAACUUCAACACGUACAACCUCUUACAUCGUUGGCUCGGCCGCGUUGUGGUCUUCGAGGUCAUAACGCAUGUGAUUGCCUGGGGAUUUAAUGCCACCCAUGAGGGAGGGCUCAAUUACACGCUCUGGCGGAUUCGAACGACAUCAUUCUUUCAAUGGGGUUGUGUCGGAGCCUUUUCAUUUGUCUUCCUACUGACCCAUUCCGUUUUUCCCAUUCGACAUGCAUUCUACGAGACCUUUCUCCACCUUCAUCAACUCGCCGCCUUACUGGCGUUUAUCGGGGUGUAUAUGCACCUGAACCUGGAUACUCUUCCUCAAUUGGCAUGGCUCAAGGUGAUUGCCGCCCUUUGGGGUUUGGAACGCACCAUUCGGAUCGCUCGCUUGGUGUAUCUCAACUAUUCGCUCCGAAAUGGCCAAACCAAGGUGAUUAUUCAGGCCUUGUCUUCCGAAGCAUGUCUUGUCACUUUUCGUCUCCCAAAGUCUAUUCAGAUUAGCCCCGGUUGUCAUGUGUAUGUCUAUAUCCCUAAGGUCUCGUUAUGGAUGUCUCACCCCUUUUCCGUCGCGUGGGCCGAACCUCAAAACCACAAGUCGACAACCAAUCAAUCAUUGUUCUCAACCCCGCAGACUGAGUACAGUUUAGAACCAGUGGUCCAAAAUGCGACCACAGACGGAUUUACGACUCUCUCAUUGAUCAUCGUUUCCCGCCAGGGUAUGACUCGUCGACUGUACCAAAAAGCCCGCGCAUCUCCAGGUCAAGUUCUCCAUGGAACCGGCUUUGUCGAAGGGCCCUACCCUUCUAGUCCUCCCAGUAUGGGGAGUUACGGAACUGUCGUUCUCUUCUCAGGUGGUGCGGGUGUUACACAUCAUCUCAUGUACGUGCGCGAGCUAAUCCAACAGGCGUCGAACGGUCAGGCUGCCACUCAAAAGUUAUACCUGAUCUGGUGUGUUCGAAGCUCGGAGCACCUCUGCUGGAUACAAAGUUUCUUAGGCCCGCUCCUGGAGCUGUCUCACAGCCGGCAGAUUCUGAAUAUUAAGCUCUUUGUUUCCCAGCAGUUCGAGAUCCACCAUACCAACUUCAUCUGUCCAACGACAAGUGUUAUAGAAGUUUCCCCCACUCGCUGCCGGCCUGCUAUUGUGUUGAAUCAAAUUCUAUCGCACCGAGUUGGUGCUACUAUUGUAUCAGUUUGUGGGUCCGGCCGUUUCUCGGAUGACGUUCGUGAUGCUGUGAGGAGGACUGGACAAUCCGCUGUGGUGGACUUUGUUGAAGAAGCCUUUAAUUGGUAA